CCGGUGUCACACCAUUGCCAACUUCAAUCAUCUCUAAGCUGUAACUAUAGAAACUGUAGGUUUACAAAACCUUACCUUAUUUUUCAUUUUCUCAAAACACAUUUUGCGUUUGAUAGGCCUCUCCAACAUUUUCCGCUUUAUUAAUUUGAAAACUUCCUAUACUGCCUCAGUGAUGACAGUGCCUCUAAUUGUGGUAGAGGAAGAUGGGGUAGAGGAAGAUGGGGUUAUACCACCUCGCACGCAGCAUAACGAUCAGAUAACAAUCAGUCCUUUGCUUCUGAACUUAUUUGUCGAAGAAAAUGGUAAAUGUAUUAUGGUUCACGAAGUCUUGAAUCAGCUGAAGGGAAAUGGUAUCAGACCCUUUGCCGACAUCAGACUUGAGGAGAUGAUGAACAGAUUGUCGGUUGAUCCUGAAGGACUGAAAAUAUCGAGCCUUAUAGGCGUGAAGAAAACUGUGUCAGUCGAGGAGUUCAAGGAAGCUAGUCGCAGCUGUGCCCUUCUUCUCAACAAAACUCUAAGCUCAAAACUGGUUAUUCCAGAUUUUCAGGAGUUUCAAGGUGAGAUUCAGAAGAUUUGGGAGGAUUUAAAGACAGUUCGAGGAGGGAAGAAUGCGGAUUAUAUACCCCAGCUGUCCAGAGUAAACCCAAACUACUUGGGGAUAUCAGUUUGCACUGUGGACGGUCAGAGAUGCUCUUUCGGUGAUACCUAUAUACCCUUCUGUAUUCAGUCGUGUAGCAUGGCACUGAACUAUGCUAUCAAUGUAUCAGAGCACGGUCCAGAAUUUGUUCACAAGUACUUGGGCAAGGAGCCCAGUGGAGUUGGAUAUAAUCAGAUCGGACUAGACAAGAAUGGGCUACCUCACAAUCCUAUGAUAAACUCAGGGGCUAUUAGUUGCUGUAGUGUAAUGAAGAAAGAUAAGAGUAUAGCAGACAGGUUUGAUUUUGCUACCGAGGAGUAUAAGAAAAUGGCGGGCGAAGAAUUCAUUGGGUUCAAUAAUGCCACAUUUUUAUCAGAGAAGGCUGAGGCAGACAGGAACUUUGCUAUUGGAUAUUAUCUCAAAGAGCACGGAGUGUUCCCGGACAACACUAGUCUAACAGGAACUCUAGAUCUAUACUUCCAGCUAUGUUCUGUAGAGGCCACAACAGACUCAGCUGCUGUUAUCUCUGCUACUCUCGCUAACGGGGGGGUUUGUCCCACCACUAAGGUAGAGUGUGUCACGGCGGACGCUGUGAGGAACACCCUGUCCCUAAUGUACUCCUGUGGAAUAUACGACUACUCGGGAGAAUGGGCCUUUGAUGUUGGGAUCCCUGCCAAGUCGGGGGUUGCUGGGUGUAUCUUUAUAGUGGUACCUGGGUUGAUGGGCAUUUGUGUGUGGAGUCCGCCAUUAGAUGAGCUUGGUAAUAGCUACCGAGGCAUCCUGUUCGCCAAGAAACUGAUUGAGAAGUUUGCGUUUCACCAGUUUGACACGGUCCUAGAAAACGCCAAUAAGAUAGACCCCAGACUGAAGCACAGGAUGGAGACGAAAGAGAUGCAGAUCAACAACAUGUUGGGUGCUGCUAGCAACAAUGACAUGGUCCUCCUCAUGAGGUACUUUGGGCUCGGGGUCGACUUCAACAUGCCCGACUACGACAACAGAACAGCUCUCCACCUAGCUGCGAGUAACGGUCAUCUUAACGUUGUCAAGUUCCUGGUGCAGAGGGGUAAGGUGGAUGUUAACUUCCUUGACAGGUGGCAGGGCACUGCUCUUGAUGACGCCAUCAGAGAGGAGCAUGAGGAUAUUUGUAAAUAUUUGAAAGGUAAGGGGUGUCAGAGAGGGGAGGAUCUUUUACAGAAAGCAAUGAGGCAGUUUUGAUAGAGCUGAAGCCCAAUUUUCGAGUUCAAGUCAUGCGCUCAUCAGAUUUCAUCUGUUAUAAGGCUCGUUUUUUGGUUAAUGGUCAAUACUCAAUACGCAUUUCUUAUCCAUUGCAUGGAAUAUAGUAUGUAGCUUGGGUUUUUUUAAACAAAAUGAGUAUCAUAAACAAUUAAUCAAUUGAUUCAAAUAAAGUCUUGAAUUAAAAAGUAAAGACAAUACACUUUCAUGAAAAUUGGGUUUUUCUUUGUAUUGUCCUGUAAUGAACGGCAUGAAAACAUGAUAAUCUUUUUAACUUACAAUUAUUCUUUUGUAUGUACAUUUUACCGAAUUCUAGUCGAUUCAUGUUAA